GUCUCAACGAUGUGCUUUCAUUCAUUCUUGUCAUCACAUCUAUUUUAUAUUAAGGUUAGUAGGUUGUCUUAAUGUUGCCUUCUUUACAGUUUAUUUGUUAUUAAUUAUGAUGACUCGCAUUUCUGAUUUCCUAUUUUCAAAUACUUCCCAUUCAUUCUGAAAUGUGAUAAUUUGAACUUUUUGGUUACUUUGUAUGUUUUGAGUUUAAUCUUAACAUUUAUCUAGUUCCAUCGAUAUGCCUUCGCUUAUCUUGUGUUCAUUAUGUACUCAAAAAAUUUAGGUUGUUCUUAUUGGCAGUUCUAUAGGAUUUCAUUAUGGGUAAGGAGAAGUUUCACAUCAACAUCGUGGUCAUUGGCCAUGUCGACUCUGGCAAGUCAACCACUACUGGACACUUGAUCUAUAAGCUUGGUGGAAUUGACAAGCGUGUCAUUGAAAGGUUCGAAAAGGAGGCUGCUGAGAUGAACAAGAGGUCAUUCAAGUAUGCUUGGGUGCUUGACAAGCUCAAGGCUGAGCGUGAGCGCGGUAUUACUAUUGAUAUUGCCCUGUGGAAGUUUGAGACAACCAAGUAUUACUGCACAGUUAUUGAUGCCCCUGGACACAGGGAUUUCAUCAAGAAUAUGAUCACUGGUACCUCGCAGGCCGACUGCGCUGUCCUCAUUAUUGACUCCACCACUGGUGGGUUUGAAGCCGGUAUUUCCAAGGAUGGUCAGACCCGUGAGCAUGCUUUGCUUGCUUUCACCCUUGGUGUGAAGCAGAUGAUAUGCUGCUGCAAUAAGAUGGACGCCACAACCCCUAAAUAUUCCAAGGCAAGAUAUGAUGAAAUCGUGAAGGAAGUUUCUUCUUAUCUUAAGAAGGUUGGAUACAAUCCUGACAAGAUCCCGUUUGUCCCAAUAUCUGGUUUUGAGGGAGACAACAUGAUUGAGAGGUCUACAAACCUUGACUGGUACAAGGGCCCAACCCUCCUUGACGCUCUGGACAUGAUCCAGGAGCCCAAGAGGCCCUCAGACAAGCCCCUUCGUCUCCCACUUCAGGAUGUCUACAAAAUUGGAGGCAUUGGAACUGUCCCAGUCGGACGUGUUGAGACCGGCGUUGUGAAGCCUGGUAUGGUUGUGACCUUUGGACCCACUGGUCUGACAACUGAAGUUAAGUCUGUUGAGAUGCACCAUGAGGCUCUUCAGGAGGGCCUGCCAGGUGACAAUGUUGGUUUCAACGUGAAGAAUGUUGCUGUCAAGGAUCUUAAGCGUGGAUUUGUUGCUUCUAAUUCUAAGGAUGACCCUGCUAAGGAGGCUUCCAACUUCACCUCUCAGGUUAUCAUCAUGAACCACCCUGGUCAGAUUGGAAAUGGUUAUGCCCCGGUUCUUGACUGCCACACCUCCCAUAUUGCUGUCAAGUUUUCUGAGCUUUUGACCAAGAUUGACAGACGAUCUGGCAAGGAGCUUGAGAAGGAGCCCAAGUUCCUUAAAAAUGGUGAUGCUGGUAUGGUGAAGAUGAUUCCCACCAAGCCUAUGGUGGUGGAGACAUUCUCUGAGUACCCACCUCUUGGUCGUUUUGCUGUUAGGGAUAUGCGUCAAACUGUUGCCGUGGGAGUGAUUAAGAGUGUUGAGAAGAAGGAUCCCACUGGUGCCAAAGUCACCAAGGCUGCAGCUAAGAAGGGUGCCAAGUGA